ACCGCCAACAUUGUUGACCACAGGCCAUACCCUCAUAAUCACCCAGUCCAUUCGACUGAGCAUCGUCAAGAUGCCUUACUUCUCCGACCUCCACACCUACCUCUACCGCUCCUCACAACUCAUCCAAGCCUACCCCUCCACCAGAAUCACCACCAAAUAUUCACUUCCUAAGAAAUCAAAAUCCCAGUCGACAUCAAAGUCAAAAUCUUCAGAUAUCUCGGCAAGCGAAUCGGCACAGCCGACAGCGACCUCACAGCAGCAGCAACCUAAACGCGAUCCUUCCGCGACAUUGACGUUAAAGACCUUCCAUCCCGAGUCAGGAAUCUGUUUGAAAUAUCGCACUGACAAGGCUGCCGAGGUGGGCAGACUGCUGGCUGGGUUGGGAAGAUUGGCAAAAGGCGAGUUGAUUGACCUGCCCACAGCUGCACCCGCGAUCAAUGCGAACGAUGGUGAUAAAAUGGAUUUGGACCCUGUUGUCGAGACAGAAGCUAAGGUGGUGACUGCCACACCGGCAGCGGCACAGACUGCAGGUGGAGGUGGAAAGGGAAAGAAGAAAAAGGGCAAAAAAUGAGCGAAAGAAAUGAGAAAAAGAAGCAUAUAGGCCUCGAGGAUAUUUUCACCAUCCGGACGAGCCUCUGAACCAACCGACGAGCCACGAAAGUGUCGACGCACAUGGGCGGUAUGUGGGUCAAAUGAGGUCGACCAGCUGGCUUUUCAUGAGACAGAUCGCCUGUGUCCUGCGCCAUGUAGGUCUGUUCCAAUGGAUGCAUGGAUGGACGGACGCUGGAUGCCGUGAUUCAUUGUCGAGUGUGAGAGGCAUACCAGCCGAAUGCUCAUCAAGAAUGGGGGCGCACUUCGCGCCAUGCGUCGAGAUCAUGACAGCGCAAAAGCAAAUCACGAUGCUAUAGAUGACAGAUCUAGAACUACAGAUGGCCACACCGAGCAAAUUAUACGCUCGCGAAGAGAAGAGAAUCCAGACAUUCUUCUGACUUUUGCCAUUGCACACAGCCUGCUUCU